UAUGCAGGCAGGUCACGCUGGUUCCUGAAGAAGCCGAGGACAUGUGGCACACGUACAAUUUAUUGCAGGUUGGAGACAGCCUACGGGCAUCAACGAUAAGGUAGGACUGGAUGAGUGGCAUAUUUGAGAGCCCAUCCAUAGACAAGUGUCCCCAUGUAGCAGGGACAGUCCUAUUUUGAGCCCAAAUCUCUCUCUCCCUUGUUUCUAUCCUAAUAUCUCUUUUCUAGUCACUCAGUCACUCCAUAUUAUUGGUGUAUAACAAAGCUCCACAGCAAUAAUACUCCCACUAAUGUGAGUGUAUAACAGAGCUCCACAGCAAUAAUUCUCCCACUAAUGUGAGUGUAUAACAGAGCUCCACAGCAAUAAUACUCCCAGUAAUAUCUUUAAACUGCAAUACAUGUGUUUAGAAAUCAGUUUGCAUAUAUAAGCUACAUUGUACUUGUUAUAAAUUACAUUUUAGUUCUAUAAAUGAUUAGUAAGAACAGCCACACCCCUGAAUUGAGUGUCCAUAUUUAUCAAUUUGAAAUGUUAAAAGGCUAGCACCAUGUCCAGUGAUUUGAAGUGGUCUCAGGGCAAGGGGCAGUUUUUUUAUUUUUGCAUUGGCAAUCUAAACAAUACAUAGCAAUACACACGGGGCAAGCAGAGUUACUUACAACACAAUGCUCCAGGCAAGUGUAGUGAAAUCUGCCGUCACAUUCUAUGUUUCUAUUAAGCAUGCGUGGGAUAGACAUAAGGCUAUCCUAACUAUAAGAUAAUGCCAGGGACUAAUGAAAGUAUUUAGAGAAUUGGGCAGACUAGAUGGGCCGAAUGGUUCUUAUCUGCCGUCCCAUUCUAUGUUUUUAUGAAAUCAACACACUAUGCCUUAUUAUACAUAAUUUACUACAUUCUUGUCUUGCGAUAACUUGAAUCGUAUGGUCUUUACAGGUUGGUCCUGAAUUCUUUUUUUGCCAAAGAUUUUUUUUUUUUUAUUAUUCAUUUAUAAAUCAAAGGAAUAGUAACAGAUAAGAAAAGUAGUUGUUGGACUGACCGUGAGUAGUUGGAUAAUUUCUAAGCCUAUGUAUGAGCUCUGUCUGAAGAGCCGAGCCCAUGGAUGAACUGGACUUCACUCUAUGCUUUUGUUAUGUGUCUAAAAAUAAAAUCGUAAAAUGUAGUGAAAAAGGAAAAGAGUGGUCGGUAGCAUUGCGGGUUUAGGAAGUCGAUUUUGAGUAGUUGAAGGACGGUGAUUGUGACGAAGUGCCCUUCGCCACUUGUGCCUGGAGAGGACUGCUUGCCCGCCUCUUGCCCUGUGACUAUGGACCCUGGGAGAUUUGGCCCGUUCAAUUCAGUAUGAUAGGAGUUAUGUAUUUUUUUUAUCCUUGUGUGUUUUACUGGGAACAUGUGCUCAAUGGAGUCUGCUUCUAUCCCUGGAUAAUUGGAUUACUUUCCCCCAUUGUCUCCAGGCUAGAGGGCUCUGUAAAACCAGUUUGGGCCUGAUAGCCAUGCUGCCAGCCAGGCCCCAAAAGAUACUUUACUAACUUCUGAACCCCUGGUCUGAUUCAUGCCAUUUUUGAUAUGUUGUUUCCCUGAAUGGAUUGAUUGUGAAUAUAUAAUUUUAGAAGUUAUGAAUGCUGUAAAAACUGUAUUAUUUCUGGCCAGCAGAUAAUUGAGCUUUGUGUAUUAUUAUCUAGCCUGGCCCAGAGGAGGAGUUUUGUGUUGCAUAAAUUGUGAGUUCUGUUAGCCAGUAAAUCAGUCUUGUUCCAGCAUUAAGCCUUGGCUCAUGUUUGGGGGAUUGGAGAAAUACACUCUGGGGAUUGCUAUAAUCACUAUACUCCCCAGGGUAUGAUCACUAAGUUCUGCUAAGAGCUUGUUCCUGCUCUCUGGGGAAAGAGAGGUUCACCCACUGGAAGCUGGAUCCUGGCCUUGGGUCCAGGGUGGGUGGAGACAGCAGAGACCCCGGCGCAGUUGCAUCGCUGGAAGUGGGGUCUGCAGUGCUGAUGGUGUCGGUUGGAGUGCUUGGAGUCCUCAGCGAGCACUAGGAGCAUCGAUUGGCGGAGGUGGUACUCAGUCGGAGUGCCAGCGGUCCGUCACAGUGAUGAAUAAGUAAUUUGAGCUGUAAGACAGCUUAUCGGUCUGGCAUUUGUAAGCAUUGGAGAGGGCGCCAGAGCAGAAGAGCAGACUGUCCCCCAUUCUGUACUACGAGGAUCAGUCUCCUUCUUCGCUAUUAAUCAAUGGUUCCCACACUUUGCCAAAUGUUGUAGUUGUGCUUCGAAUUUGGGCUGUCGGUUUGUCCAUAAGUUUUAUGUCUUUUUGCUCUUUUGAACUAUGGAACCAACGAGGGGAGGCUCUGCUUUGAGUUACAAUUGGGCCUGUGCCCUUCGUGCCGCUAAGGUCAACUUGUGUAAUAGUUUUUUGGAUUGUUUUUGUCCAUGAGUCUUGUGACCUGGACAGGAGAAACACCCAUGGAUUCUGAUCCACUUGUCGUUGAAAUACUCUUGUCAGUAUGUCACCUACUACUCUCCAGAAAUUCUGCACCUUUAGAUGUUCCCACCACAUGUGUCUGUAAGAGCAUUAGAUUUGCUAAGGUUAACCUUAUACCCUGAGAGUGUUCUCUACUCCACUAGAACUUCCAAUAAAGCUCAUUGAUUUGCUAAGGUGAGCAGGAUAUCCAGAGACCAGGAAGUGUUGAUCUCCUACAGUUAUGCCAUGUAUAUUUGGGUAGCUCUGCAUAGCCUGUAAUAGUGGUUCCAAUGACAAUCUCAAUAGCGGGGAGAGCGGGUAUUCGUGUCUGUUGUUGUUGUUUCCUAAUUUAAAAAGGGUAAUUGGAGCUCCAGUGAUUUUGGUUUCCGAGACUGUAAUAUAUUUGAUUAAUUCCAGGAAAGUUCAGACUGAAUCCGCCACAGGCAGUGUAGGCAGUAACCGUGUGCGCACAACACUAACAAUCUGUGUGGAGACCAUUGAUUUUGACUCCCAGGCCUGUCAGUUGAGAGUCAAAGGAAUCAAUAUCCAGGAAAACCAGUAUGUAAAGGUAAGAAGAAAUUUCUCCUCUGUCUGCCAGCCCCUGUUCACCCUGCCAGCCCCUGUGCUCUCAGUGUUCACCCUGCGCGCUCUGUGUACCUCCGCCUAACUUUGUGUUCUGCUUGUGCAUCCGUUUUCCCUCCAUAGAUGGGCGGCUACCAUACGAUAGAACUGGAACUAAACCGCAAAUUUACCCUGGCAAAAAAGCAGUGGGACAGCGUGGUCCUGGAACGAAUUGGUAGGAGUUAAUAAUCAGUACUAGUCAAUAUUGAAUGUAGCAAAAUAGGGUUCAGAUACAUCUACUCUCCUGUCCCAUCAGAACAGGCCUGUGACCCUGCAUUCAGCGCUGAUGUGGCUGCUGUGGUGAUGCAGGAAGGUCUUGCACACAUCUGCCUCGUCACUCCAAGUAUGACACUUCUGCGAGCAAAGAUUGAGACUAACAUCCCAAGGAAGAGAAAAGGAAACUGCUCACAGCAUGAAAAGGUAUUUCCUGCCAUCCUCACUUUCCCUUCACCUCUCCCUUCACCUCUCCCUUCACCUCUCCCUUCACCUCUCCCUUCACCUCUCCCUUCACCUCUCCCUUCACCUCUCCCUUCACCUCUCCCCGCUUUUCUCCUGUUUGCCUCUUCCCACGUUACACUGAAUCUUUCUCCCUCUCCUUUUUUUUCUGUAUCUCAGUCACGCUUAUUCACUCUCUCUUCCUCAGUCUCUGGAGAAGUUCUAUGAGCAAGUUAUGCAGGGAAUUAUUCGACAUAUCAACUUUGAUGGUGAGCUCAUUUCUCUCUUACUGGGUUAAAUGUGAAUGAUUGUGUAUUUGAAAUUUUGGAAAAAAUAGAGAAACACUUUUCCAAUUUGUCUAUUUUACCCUAAAAUUUAAUUUUAAUAUGCCUAAUGCUUUUUUUUCUCUGUCAUUCUUCCCUUCUGUCUGUUCUUUAUCUGUUCUCUGUUCUUGACCUGAAUCUUCUGUCCUCCGUGAUGAAGGAGGCUGAGAUUAUCUGUUCCUGGUCACAGUCUCUUGUCCCCAGUGAUGAAGAUGGCUGCGUUUCUCUGUUCCUCAUCGCAGUAUCUUGUCCUCAGUAAUGGAGGACAAGAUACUGCGCAGUCUCUUGUCUUCUGUUUCUGAUCAGUCUCUUGUCCCCAGUGAAAAAGGAGGCUGGGUACCUCUGUUCCUGGCCACAGUCUCUUGUCCCCAGUAAUAAAGGAGGCUCGUAUCCUAUGUUCCUGGCCACACUCUCUUGUCCCCAGUAAUAAAGGAGGCUGGUAUCCUCUGUUCCUGGCCGCAGUCUCUUGUCCCCAGUAAUGAAGGAGGCUGGGAUCCUCUGUUCCUGGCCACACUCUCUUGUCCCCUCUCUGUCUAUAAUGUCUGCAGAGUACCUUCUGUUGGAAUCUUUUGACUGACUGACUGAUUGAGGAUAUGUUACUUGGGCACCUGAAAUGGACAUUGUCAGAGAUCAUGCUCCCCAUAAAAAGACAAAUUAUCUUUAACUAAAAGACUGCGGUGAAUUUAAACCCAAACACUAAUCAAAACGUCUUAAUGAAUUGACGAAACGUGCUCUGUAAUAAUCAGAAUUGAGCAGGAUCCUUGUACGGUCAUUUGUGUUUGCUUGUUCGCCUUGUGGGGAUAUUUAUGGGAUAAUAAUAGUAAACAGUUGAGAAUUGCCCACUAAUUCAAUUCUCAGAUCCCAAAGAACGUUUAUCGUAAGUGAAAGUAUUUCAUAUAAUUAAUAUCACAAUGUAUAAAAAUAGAUUUUAUUUAUGAUAACCAAUAAUUAACAAAUAAUAUUAUGUAACAUGCGUGACAAUAAUCAAUGAAUAUCCAGUAUAACAUGGUAUGCAAUACAAAGGAAUGGCUAUACAGAUUUCAAUGGCUAAAUAGCAUUUCCUGUCAAGAAUUCUGAUGAUUUAUGAGGUAUCCUCACAGACUGAAAGUGAAACUUUUCACAGCGAAGAACAGAAUUCCUCAGAGUGCAGCGUAAGGUCGUAAAGUUUAGCUGACAGAAUAGCCCUUUCAAUGCUGGCUAGAUCUCCUAGGUAAUUAAGAUCUAUUAUUAUGUAAUUUUAAAUAAAAUAACAUUUAAACCAGUUCAUUAGUCAUUUCCUGGAACCAUCUAAUAAGAGAAUCUACCAUGAUUUUUACAAAAGCAGAAUUUUAAUUCGCCUAAAAGAUAUCUUAUCUUAAUUUAGAGCAAAUCAAUACACCUGGAUAAAAACAGCGGUAUGCUAACACGUGAUAAUAUCACAUCAAUAUAUAAUUAUUCUUAAUUCCACCUGCAGAAUGGAAUGUUUAUAACUAUAUAUUCUUUAGUUAACUAAGAUUUCUUAAUAUGGAAAUCUGACCGUGCUUUAUCCAGUCAUAUAUAAUGCUAUUAAUACAUUUUAAUUAAUUUAAUUAAUUAAAUGAAACCAGUAUAAUUACCAGUUGAGUAGAUAUUUCAUCCGAUUGGUAGUCUCAGGAACUUAUUUGGAUGUCUCUCUGCAUGGAGGUUGGAGUCCCCAAACUUCCAAUUCCUCUCUCCUCUCCUUUGCAUCUCUUGCCUCUGCCUCCUCUCGUCUUCCCUUUGUCUUAACUUUUAAAGGGCCAGACUCUCUGUACGUCAUCAGUUGAUAACCCAAUAGAAGCACUAGAGGUGUGGUUAUCUUCCAGAUCGCAAAUUAGUUAUUUGGUCUGUAGAGGGCAGUCUUGUCCUACUAAACAUACCUAUCCAGGGAAGAGUUAACUUUUCCUGGUGGCUAUUUUGACGUCAUUUCGCGUUAUCUUUAUAGCGCCAUAACUUAAAAUUUCAAAGGGUUUCUUACAUUUUGUCCAGACUUAGCGUCUGCAAUUCCUGCCAUAAUUUCUGAUAUGACAGAUCAUGAACUAAGUUUACCCUUUUCCAUACAAUGGUACCUUAUAUAUAUAGACAGUUAAAUAUUAAAUUAUUUAAUCUUCUCUGUCACAAUUGUCUGGGUUUAGAUUUGAUUAUAUUCUUCUUAUCACUUGUUUAUACUAUGCUAUGCAUUCCUUAGCUCUGGCAAAGUGGCUAGUCUUACAGAAAGAAAUCUUGUGUCUUUUUGUUAACUUGAAAAUAACAAAAUGGAGUCUGGUCUGUUCAGAGUGACUCAGAAUAUACACUUUUAGUUUCUAUGAUAGCACAAAAUGUCUGCCGAUAUAAAUACCCUGACAGCCUGUUAAUGGACAAUUGGCACUUACCUGGAGCACCAUUACUGGCAGAUUGUACGCAUUAGAACACAAUUUAUUCUGUAUUAAAACGAAUAAAUAAAAACUCUCUUGUCCCCAGUAAUAAAGGAGGCUGGUAUCCUCUGUUCCUGGCCAGUCUCUUGUCCCCAGUAAUGAAGGAGGCUGGGAUCCUCUUUUCUCAGUCUCUUGUUCUGUGAUGAUGAAGGCUAGGGUUCUCUGUUCCUGAUCUCGUUUUUUGACAGCAGUAAAUAAAGAUCUCUCCCUCUCCUCUGUCUGUCUUUAUGAACUCUAUCCCUGACUUGCUUUCACUGUUAAACGGUCUAGGUUCGUGCUCUCAAAUGUCCAUCUCUGUCUCCAUAUCUUCCUCAGUGGUUAAGGUCAUCCUGGUUGCAUCUCCUGGCUUUGUCCGCGAGCAGUUCUGUGAGUUUCUCUUCCUUCGAGCUGUCAAACAAGAAAUUAAAAUCCUGUUGGAGAACCGUGGGAAAUUUCUCCAAGUUCACAGCUCAUCUGGACACAAAUACUCGCUGACAGGUAGUGAACUCACAUUAUCUCACACUCACCAAGUAACCUCUUCACAGCUGCCUACAUGUUAAUAUAGGAGAGAGAUUCAGAGGGUGCUCAUUAAAUUAAAAUUAAUUACCUUGCAGGGUUAAGUCCUCCUCUAUCAGACAGCCACUAGAGGGACUUCCAUGUUCUUAGAACACGAAAAGUGUUUUAAACUACACUGGAUGUCCUCCUGCUAUGCAUGAGGACCUCCAGCGUCGCCGGAAUAACCAUAGGAAAGCAUAAUGCUGCCGUUGGCGGGGGAGGAGAAUGGGCGGGUUUUAGCAACAUGGGAUGGGGGUUGGUGAUGUUUUCCUGGCACUGUAGAGUCCUUUUAAGGGUUUAAAUGUGAAGAUUCGAUGAGUUUAUUUGCCAUUUCUCUGGCUAGUGACUAUCAUUGUGCUAUAUUGGCCUCCUGUCUGACUAAUCUCAGAGUUUCUAUGAGAGAUUCAUGUUGUUUAAUCAUUUUCUGGCAUACAUUGCAGGUUAUUUCACCUAUAUAUAUAUACACUCUAUAUAUGUUCUAGUCAUAUUAUCUGUUACAGAGGUUUUGUGCGAUCCUGCAGUCACUGCACGUUUGGCAGACACAAAGGUAGGUAGCUGUGUGUAUGUUAUUCAUAAUCUGUGGAAGGUGUGCUGUUCUGUGUCCACGUAAUGCAGAUUGUUUGUUUCUGAAUAUACAAAUUCUUUGAGUGUACAUUUCUGGGUGCCCGUAUAGCAGUGUGUGCGGUUCUGGGUGCCAGUUCUAACCUGUUGAAUGUCUGUAAUGGUCUCCUAUUAAUAUUCUCUGACUUUCCCAGGCUGCGUCUGAGAUAAAAGCUCUGGGAGACUUUUACAAAAUGUUAAAGAAUGAACCAGAUCGAGCAUUCUAUGGGUGAGACAAAUAACUUCUCCUGUGCUAACCCCACACUCUGCUCCUGUGCUAUCCCCACUCUCGGCAUUGCUCCAGCUGUGUGUUACCUCUUGGCAUUGCAUUCUCUAUGUAUCUUAUGAGAACAUUCUCAGCUAUUUCUGUGCUCAGUAAGCCAUGACUGCCGGCCCUUACUAUGUGUGAUUAAUGGAGCUCUGCUAUUCCAGGAUUAAACAGGUGGAGAAAGCAAACGAAGCUCUGGCCAUCGACACCUUACUAGUUACAGACGAGCUGUUCCGGUAAGCCAUGACUCCGUGGCACCCUGCCGCGUCCCGCUGUACCGUGGCACCCUACCUACCGCAUCUUACUCUCUCUGUUACAGGCAUCAGGAUGUGGCCACAAGGAGUCGCUAUGUCAGACUGGUGGACAGUGUGAAAGAUAAUGGGGGAACAGUGAGGUGAGAUGGCCAGGGAGAGGUUUAAUAGAAACUUAAUGGGUGCAGGAUGGCCGGGGAGAGGUGAAGUAGAGAAGUAAUGGGUGCAGGAUUGCCGGGGAGAGUUGAAGUAGAGAAGUAAUGGGUGCAGGAUGUCUGGGGAGAGGUGAAGUAGAGACUUAAUGGGUGCAGGAUGGCCGAGGAGAGGUGAAGUAGAGAAGUAAUGGGUGCAGGAUGGCCGGGCACAGGUGAAGUAGAGAAGUAAUGGGUACAGGAUGGCUGGGGAGAGGUGAAGUAGAGACGUAAUGGGUGCAAGAUGGCCGAGGAGAGGUGAAGUAGAGAAGUAAUGGGUGCAGGAUUGCCGGGGAGAGUUGAAGUAGAGAAGUAAUGGGUGCAGGAUGGCUGGGGAGAGGUGAAGUAGAGAAGUAAUGGGUGCAAGAUGGCUGGGGAGAGUUGAAGUAGAGAAGUAAUGGGUGCAAGAUGGCCGGGGAGAGGUGAAGUAGAGAAGUAAUGGGUGCAAGAUGGCUGGGGAGAGUUGAAGUAGAGAAGUAAUGGGUGCAGGAUGGCUGGGGAGAGGUGAAGUAGAGAAGUAAUGGGUACAGGAUGGCUGGGGAGAGGUGAAGUAGAGAAGUAAUGGGUGCAAGAUGGCCGGGGAGAGGUGAAGUAGAGAAGUAAUGGGUGCAGGAUUGCCGGGGAGAGUUGAAGUAGAGAAGUAAUGGGUGCAGGAUUGCCGGGGAGAGUUGAAGUAGAGAAGUAAUGGGUGCAGGAUGUCUGGGGAGAGGUGAAGUAGAGACGUAAUGGGUGCAGGAUGGCCGAGGAGAGGUGAAGUAGAGAAGUAAUGGGUGCAGGAUGGCCGGGGAGAGGUGAAGUAGAGAAGUAAUGGGUGCAGGAUGGCUGGGGAGAGGUGAAGUAGAGACGUAAUGGGUGCAAGAUGGCCGGGGAGAGGUGAAGUAGAGACGUAAUGGGUGCAGGAUGGCCGGGGAGAGUUGAAGUAGAGACUUAAUGGGUGCAGGAUGGCCCGGGAGAGGUGAAGUAGAGGUGCAAUGCAAGAGCGAAUCCUAGUGAGGCUUGAAUGGAAGGAGUUUAAUUUAGAUGGUAGAAAUAUAAAGAGUAGUCAAUAUAAAUCUAAUUUUCUUUAUUUACAGGAUAUUUUCCAGUCUACAUGUCUCAGGAGAACGUGAGUAACCCUAAAUAUGGUGGUAAUAUAUCAGAAAGGGUGAAAAGUAUAGGUCAUCUAAGCAGUUAGUGAGGAAGAUAAAUAGUGAGAUUGGGUGGAUAAGGGAUUUACAUGUAUAAAAUAAUGUGUGGAAUUUAGGACCAUAGAAUGAAAACUCCAGCACGCUGUAGUGAUUAUAGUACCAAGUGAAAAUAGACAGACAAGUGCUAAUAUUUGAUAGCUUGGCUGGGGUCUGCUGGUCAACACUUCUUAUCACAGAGCAUAAUAUCUACUGAGCUAAGCCUUGCACCUAGGGCUAUAGGUUGAGUGGAAGACAUGACUAAUGUCUGCAAACAUUUUGUUUACAUUGUGGGUGGAGGUAGCAGGGCACUCUUGGCACCAUUACACAUGCUACAGUGGCUAUAGUACUUUAUAAGAGUUGAAUAAGCACGGUCCAGAUAUGGUCAACAGGGUGAUACUGUUUGGAUUUUGUCAGUAGCUCUAAACUCACAAGACUUGUUUCAUCUUAGAAUUGAACCAGCUGACUGGAGUAGCUGCCAUCUUGCGUUUCCCUGUGCCAGAUCUUUCUGAUGAGGAAUCCAGUUCGGAGGACGAUUAACGGGUCACUUUUUUGCCUGUGAAGGUCUUAGUACUUUGAGGCAGACUGUGCAUACUUAACAUCUUGCUUGGGAAACUACCAAGGAACAUGAAGGUUGAUUUGCCGCCCUCCACAGUAUUUAUUAAUACGAUCACCAGAAUCAUGGGGACAAAAGGCCGCAGUCAGGUUGUGAAUAUUGGACUAUGUGAUGGCCCCGUCUUUCUGGAGUCACAAGCUCACUGCUCUCAUGUAUUUAGAAUGUGUCACUCCACAGUCAUUGUGGAGCCCUGUCAAGCUGUUUGGUGGUUCUGAAUGAAUGGUAUAAUAAACAUGUGAGCUUUUUAAAAUAAAUCUCCUAAAUCCCUGGUCCUCCCUGAUAAUAUAAAUUUUGUGGAUUGGCACUUCAUUGGUGGACAUUGGGUUACUGUCUAUCGCUAUAGAGAAGAGAUCGGUAUCUGGGGCUGAAAGAGAUCCUGCUGAUACUAUAACUCAUUCCUACAUAUCUACAGAAAUCACAUCACUUAACAUCGUUGUAGAAGCUUGUUGUAACGGACCUGCUAUACUCCAACGGAGUAUAUCCGUUACAACUCUCCCGAAUCCCAAGUGAAAUGGUGAUUAUAACUCCAAGCUACUCAAACAUCAGCCUAGACUUGCUGAAGGGUACAAAUGAACUGUUUUAUUAUGGCCCACUUAUAUACUCAGUCCCCCAGCAUGGGGUCUCAAGCAAGGACAAGACAAAACACAUAUAGCAAAUAUAGAUAAUACAUGUAAGGAACGCUUGGUAUUUUUGUAUACCCGUUCGUUCGUAUGCUUCCGAAAUGCUAGGGACUUGGUGAUUAAAACCUGUUUGUGUGGAGCGCUGAUUCGUCCGUUCCUGAAGUCCAAGUUGUGCAUAAAACUAAAUCCAGUGGUUCGUCGGUCACAUACCCAAACAUCAGUAGAGACUCGAUGAAUGGUACAACAGGAAUGUUUUAUUAUGGCCAGACGGCUCACUUUUAUACACAGACCCCCAGGAGGGGGUUUCAAGCAAAAACAUAGUAAAACACUCCCUCAACUGUGUCUGGGACAUAUAAAAUACCCCAAACACAUAUAGGAACCCUACAAAUAUAAUAUCCCCGGAUAGCCUGGAUCUGAGCCCUCAAGUUGUCCAAAUAGCACUCCGAUCCCUCGAACAGAGCCAAAUCACCACUGGGGUAAAGAUUUGACUGACUGCACAUGUGGUGUCUGCCCGAAUCAGUUCCAGAAAAUCAGUGGUAGCGGUUUGUCAUUUUCAAGCGUUUCAAAAAAAGACUGAUUCCCCUGGCUCAUAGGUAGUGAUUGUUCGUCUUGUUAGUGCUAACAAUCCUACCGCACAGCGCUCUCCCAGCUUGUCGUGGGAAAAAGCAGGCAUACAAAUGAUAUCACUGGUGUUCGCGGGGUCGAGUGUCUGACUUAUAGUUCCAGACACUCGACGAUCAGGCACAGCUGCCUGCGUUCGUGCAACAAGAUGACCACUGUUUUUUUUUUUUGUUUUUUUUUUAGCACACGUGUUGUUCUGUUAUACAAACGGCCACCACACAGAGCACUUGUUUGUGGUUUCUUUGCUGUUUAAUGAGUUAGGGGGUGUUCAGUAGAUUAGUUACCGAACUGGGGAAACUUGAAUGGGGAUUCAGGAACAUAUUAACAUACUUAGCGGGAAAAUGUCUUAAACACAUGAAAAAUAGUGAGUUUUUUUGUUACAUAGAGUAGACAUUCUCACAAUUAAAGAGCAGAACCCUUUCUGUCUGUAACAGGUGGAUGGGGGUUCUCCCCUAUACCUGUCAUUUCAAGGGACACUAUAGUCACCUGAACAACUUUAGCUUAAUGAAGCAGUUUUGGUGUAUAGAACAUGCCCCUGUAGCCUCACUGCUCAAUCCUCUGCCAUUUAGGAGUUAAAUCCCUUUGUUUAUGAACCCUAGUCACACCUCCCUGCAUGUGACUUGCACAGCCUUCCAUAAACACUUC